GGGCGUGGCCGGGCGCGGGAGCGCGCGCGGCGGAGGAGGGCUCCGGGAGGCCGCGGAACAGCGACCGCCGCCAUAUUAAGGAGCACGGAGCCCGGGGUCCCGUUGGCGGCGGCCGCGGCAGGACCAGUGGAGCUGCGGCCGGCGGCGGCCGGCGCGGCGCGGCGCCGGGAGAGGCGGGGUCGGCGGAGCCAGCGGGCGACCGGAGCGAGCCAGGCUGACCUUGGCCGGCUGACGUUGGCCGGCGGGCUGGGCCUGCCCUGCGUCGCCAUGGACCAGGACUAUGAGCGGCGCCUCCUCCGGCAGAUCGUUGUUCAGAACGAGAACACGAUGCCCUGCGUGGCAGAGAUGCGGCGAACCCUGACGCCCGCCAACUCUCCCGUGUCCUCCCCCAGCAAGCAUGGAGACCGCUUCAUCCCCUCCAGAGCUGGGGCCAACUGGAGCGUGAAUUUCCACAGGAUCAAUGAGAAUGAGAAGUCUCCCAGCCAAAACCGGAAAGCCAAGGACGCCACCUCAGACAACGGCAAAGACGGCCUGGCCUACUCCGCCUUGCUGAAGAACGAGCUGCUGGGAGCCGGCAUCGAGAAGGUGCAGGACCCGCAGACAGAGGACCGCAGGCUGCAGCCUUCCACACCUGAGAAGAAGGGCCUGUUCACGUAUUCCCUCAGCGCCAAGCGCUCCAGCCCUGACGACGGCAACGACGUGUCUCCCUACUCCUUGUCCCCAGUCAGCAACAAAAGUCAGAAGCUACUGCGGUCGCCACGGAAACCUACCCGCAAGAUCUCCAAGAUCCCCUUCAAGGUCCUGGACGCACCAGAGCUGCAGGACGACUUCUACCUGAACCUAGUGGACUGGUCAUCCCUCAACGUGCUUAGCGUGGGGCUGGGGACCUGCGUGUACCUGUGGAGCGCCUGCACCAGCCAGGUGACCCGGCUCUGUGACCUCUCGGUGGAAGGGGACUCGGUGACGUCUGUGGGCUGGUCUGAACGGGGCAACCUGGUGGCUGUGGGCACGCACAAGGGCUUUGUGCAGAUCUGGGAUGCGGCUGCGGGGAAGAAGCUGUCCAUGCUGGAAGGCCACACGGCACGCGUCGGGGCGCUGGCCUGGAACGCUGACCAGCUCUCAUCUGGGAGCCGGGACCGCAUGAUCCUGCAGAGGGACAUCCGGACCCCGCCCCUGCAGUCUGAGCGGCGGCUGCAGGGCCACCGGCAGGAGGUGUGUGGGCUCAAGUGGUCCACAGACCACCAGCUCCUCGCCUCGGGGGGCAACGACAACAAGCUGCUGGUCUGGAACCACUCAAGCCUGAGCCCUGUGCAGCAGUACACAGAGCAUCUGGCGGCCGUGAAGGCCAUCGCCUGGUCCCCACACCAGCACGGGCUGCUGGCGUCCGGUGGCGGCACGGCGGACCGCUGCAUCCGCUUCUGGAACACGCUCACAGGGCAGCCGCUGCAGUGCAUCGACACGGGCUCCCAGGUGUGCAACCUUGCCUGGUCCAAGCACGCCAACGAACUGGUGAGCACGCACGGCUAUUCGCAGAACCAGAUCUUGGUCUGGAAGUACCCGUCCCUGACCCAGGUGGCAAAGCUGACCGGGCACUCCUACAGGGUCUUGUACCUGGCCAUGUCCCCUGAUGGAGAGGCCAUAGUCACUGGUGCUGGGGACGAAACGCUGAGGUUCUGGAAUGUCUUUAGCAAAACCCGUUCGACAAAGGUAAAGUGGGAGUCCGUGUCAGUCCUCAACCUCUUCACCAGGAUCCGGUAAAGCCUCGGGCCUCACCGUCCGGGUCGGAAGAGUCCCACCUCUCAUCGGCGUGCAUGGACCCUCCCCUCCCCAGCACAUGGUCCCUAGAGGAGACAGCCGGGGCGGGUGGGGAGUUGGGCCUGGAGAGACCCUGAAGAUUCUCAUUAAAGCCUGAUUGCGAACCCUGGCAGCCGGUGUUUGGGGCGGGGACAUGGCUGGGCCCCAGCAGGAGAUGGGGCCCCAGCAGGGACCAUCUGUCUGGCUGCUCUGCUCGGAGCACGAUGGACGCCUCCUGGGACCCAGCCUGCUUCUGUCUGCGUCCGCCGCUGCAUCGUCGGGGCUGCAUGCUCUUCCCAGAAGCACGUGCUCACUGCCACCACCGCAUCACCACUCACGCCUACGGGACAGACAGCUGGACGCCAGGCCGGUCAGAUGGGGCUGGGCAGACGGCUGAGGUCAGCCCAUGGAUCAGAGGGACAGAGCCACCUGACAGGUUUCUCUGCGGCCAGUCCUGCCGCCCUUUCCCUGGCAGCCAUGCCACUGACUUUCUCGGGGGCACGGCGCCACGUCAGGAGCGGGCCCCGGGCAGUGUCCAGGCCGAAGGAGGUCAUCUUGAGAUGGACUUGUUGUCUGAGGAAAAUGAGACAGGCCCACUCGCUGUGUUGUGCUUACCCUGACCCUGCACUGUCCUUGUUACUAACGGGGGUCACGGCCCUGUUUUAUCCCCAAGCAGGACUCGGGUGCUUGUGGCCUGCUGGGCAGCUGGUCAGGGUGACCCAAGGGCAGAAUCGACCCUAAGGGCUGGGUCCUGUGGGCAUCUGGCCCCUCCUCCCCGGCCCCUUCCCCUACCCCAGGCCGCCCCAUUGGGUCCUGUCCAUCCGUGACAUUGCCGUGGGGCAGCCAAGGGAGGAGGCACCCGUAGGUCCCUCCAGAAACUUCCUGAGCUUCCCCCAACCCACUCUGCUCUGUCCCCAGCUGCACGUGAGCCCAUCCCCUCCUGCUUCAUCUCCAGACCCGGAGACGAAAAGGGAGGGAGGGAGGGAGGGCCUGCAUGUGGCCAGGGGCCUGAGUAGGAGUCCUCCCCCUCCUGCUCCCCUCCUGGAUCCCGGGGUGCUGAUGGAGUGGACAGGGUGGGGCAGGCCUGGGCUGGGGGGCGUCCAGCAGAGCCCCUCCAGGUCCCAGUGGCCUUGUGUGUGCACGUGUAUAUACGUACUUGUGACUUUCUUUGGGUUUGUUUGUGUUCUUGUAGAUUGGUCCCAGAAAAGUUUCAGGCUGGUGGGAAAGGAGCAAUGGCUCACCCACUACCCAUUUGGGGGGGGGGGGGGGCAGCGCUUACCGCUCCCGAUCAGCUGAACCUGCCUGAGCCAGGGGGAGCGGUGGGAGCCCGCCUCCCCAGCCCCAGGCCCCGCAUCUGCCUGCCGCGGGGACAGACGAGGGACAGUGUACAUAGACGUGUGUAUUUUGAUUGGUCAAGUUAUUUUUGUUUGAGUGUUUUUUUAAGAAAGCACUCCUGACUCGGCCACGUGCUCGCCUUGUGCAGCUGCCGGAGCCCAGGAGCUGGCUGUGCCUGUGGGACUGUGCCCCCCAGCCUGUCGGACCCACGCCUGGGAGUUGGGACAGCGAGGUGGGGGUCUGCGUGGGGCUAACUGCACGGACAGGGGACGGAGGGGCGCCUGGUGCAGAGCGAGCCUUGUUUCUUGUGAAAUGCGUCGUCGUCAUUAAACCAGCUGUGGGUUCAUGCACUGCUAGGGCUGGCUGUCCAUCUGUCUGGCCCCCAGCUGGGGUGUCUAGAUGUCGCACACGGGGGCAGGCGGCUCGUCCUGGCUGAGCUGGUCGUGGAGAAGACUCGGGCAGUCUACAAGAGUUGCCAGUGACCCCGAGUUCAGGGUCCCCUGGGGCCGAGGACGGGGACGUGGCCAGUGCUUGUGGCGCAGCUGGGGUGCGGCUGCUGCGGGGAAGAGGACCCCCCCGGUUGCCAUCUGGAAGGGGGACGGUGGGGCAAGAGUGGCAGUCUGUGCAGCAGGCUGGUCAUGGCAGGGUGGGGGGGGCCGGGGGCGGAGGAGCAGAUGAGGACGGGGGGGGGGCACAGCAGCUCUCAGGUGGGGCAGGCCCUGCUGCCACCUCCACCUGACAGGCGGGGAAACUGAGGCCAGUGGGUGACCUCGCUGGCCCAGCAUCUCAGGGGAGGCUGGGGGGGGCAGGCAAGAGUUGUUUCUGUUGAUCCUUGAAUGUAGCUUUUGCGGGAAAGGGAAAGCGGUUUAGUAGUAGUGGGGCGUGCGGCACAGGCCAGGGGCAGGGGCCCGUGGGAGGCAGGGAGGCCGCAGGGGAGGACGUGGGGGGGGCGGCAGGAGCGGGGCCUGAGGACGCCGUGAGGACCAUAGAAGAGGGGGAUUUGGAGGUGAUCAAGGGGAGCAGAGGGUCUUGGGGCCGGAGAGGAAAGCCAGCCCAGGCCAGAGGAGUGGUGACUCUAGCAGGACCCGGCAGGUCAGGGGGCCCCAGGGGUUCCUGAGAAGAGGGGUGAGCCCCCCUACAGCGAGCAGCUGCCCACGGCUGGCCAGCACCCAGGCUCUUCCCUGCAGGUGAGGAGCCCUGUCCGGGGCAGUGGGGACCAGAGACACCAGACGCCGCGCCUGCCCUCAUGGGCCCCGUCUGUGGUGGACAGUGAGAAGCACGUGUGGCUGCGACAGGGGGCAGGAGGCCCUGGGGAAGGGCACCUUUGAAUCCAGAGAUUGAGCUGUGUGAUCAGGGGCCCGGAGAGCAGGGAGCAGGGGUGGCGCUGCGGACCGAGGGCUCAAUCCCUGCGGAGGCUCUGGAGCCGCACAGGGGAGGGGACAGGGCAGGGGCUGCAGGGACCUGGGCUUCUACCCCGAGGCGGCGGGAGCCCUGGGUGUGCACCGAGAGGGAAGGGAGGAGACUGCCGUGAGACCCAGCAGCAGGGCCGGGCACAGAGCCAGAAGGAGGCGCGGCCCAGGCAGCCAGGAGCAGGUGCAAGUGAGGGGCAGGCAUAUUUCCAGUUCUUGUUACGUUUUUCGUUACUGUGGUAAAAUAUGCAUUGCCAUUUACCAUCUUAAAGGAUGUAAUUCAGUGAUUUUUGGUACAUUCGUGAGGUUGUGCUGCUGUCUCUAGCUCCAGAACAUUCUGUAACCCCGUCCCCAUCAGCUGUCACUCCCCCCACCACCCACGAGCCCCCUUCCCGUCCGUGGAUGUGCCUGUUCUGGAUGUUUCACAUAAAUGGACUCACACCCCG